GAGGGGGUAAGGUUGGUGAGACUCAGAUCUCCAAGAAACUUGAAGUGCUGGUAACUGACGAACUGGAGUCGUCCCCUGUCCUCCUUCACCUUGUUAGAACUGGCCAUUUCCACAGGAAGCUUCCAGCAGCACUUCCCAUCAUUUGGGCAGUUUAAGUGUUGAACUUCAUACUCUGUGCAGGCAGGUGUUUCUGACUCCAAAGCUGGCAUGGAGUCUGGGGCUCCUGGCUCCUGCUCUAGUGGCAUCUGAACAGGCCAUUUUUCUUUUGACAGCUCGUACUUCUCAGCUUCGUAUUCUCUGCUUGGUUUAGCUAGUGUAUUGCAUGGCAUCAUUUAUUAAUUUAAGGGAUUAAAGUCUUUUAAAACUGUUGAAAUAAGAAACAGCAAAAUCAUUUUAUUUAUUUUCUCUGUUUAUGUGGAAAAUAGGGAAUGCCAACAAUCUCUCUAUAGAUCAUUGGUUUAUUGUAAAAGGAUAUAAUUGAGUAACAGCCGGAUGGAAGACAUGCCCAGGGCCAGGUCUGGGAAGGGCAGGAGCCUCCAUGCCCUCCGGGCACCACCUCCCCUCAUCCCCACGUGCUCACCAGCCCAGAAGCUCCCAACUGUUUUCUUAAUUAGCAAACAAAAUCCUUAGUGUGUGCCUGGCACUGUUGUAUGUGUUUGACAAAUAUUGUCUCACUUAAUUAUCAUCAUAACCCUAUGGGGUGGGCGUUGAUUUAUCCUCGUACAGAUGAAGGACUGUUAGGAAAUGACCUGGUACGUAAUGGAGGAGGGGUUUGAACCCUGGCAGUCUGGCUUCAGUCCACACUUUUAGCACAUGAGGUCAGCAAAAGAGGUUGGAGUACAAGACAGAGUGGUCUGUCCAUUUUAGACAAAGCACUUAGCCCUGUGUGUGCCAUGCAAUGGCGUAGACGGUGGGGCUAGAGCAAGUAGAUACACUAUGUCCUGACAGUGCCCGGAGGUCACUGAAAAUAGAGACCAAACAAGACCCAGAUGAAACAAGGGAAACCUACAUUUAAGCCAAUCAUAACUUUUGAAAUCUUUACAGAAGACUGAGAAGUACCAAGGAGGAAAUCUAGUACCAAGGAGGAAGGAAGCAGUGUAAAUAAAGAGCUUCUGGAAGGAACAAUUGAGAGACCGCUGGUGCCCUCCAUGAUAGGUGUCACUGGGGAGCGGAUCAGGGCUGGAGGGCGGGGCAGAGCCAGCGUGCUUUUAUUUAUUAAAACGUGCAUAGGAUUGAAAUGGAAAUCAGUAACAUCUCCAAAAGACAACACAGGCAAACCUUAUGAAAGAAAACAAAAUACAAAAGAACUGUAACUAUAAACAUAUAGAAAGUGUUCAGCACAGUAUUUAAAAUGUGGAAAUUAAAAUUAUGAUCAAAAUUUAAAACAAAUUAAAAAUGCAAUGUUUAUACACUUCUGCUUCUGGCCAAGAUGGAGGAACAGGGAGUGGAUUUACCGUCUUGCCCAAGUAAAAGCAACAACAACAAAAAGACGACAUGACACGAUUGUUUGAAGACGCUGGAUGUCAGACAGUAAAGGACAGUCAUCCCUAUGAGAUGCAAAACCAAUGAGCUUCUCCUUCUCGGGACCUCACCUUACUCAAGCAUCGCCAGGAACGAGGAGGGCAUGGAAGCCAAGUCGCCAACUGCCCGGUCCCACACACUGGUGACCUUCACGGACGUACUUGUGAGCUUCACCAGGGAGGAGUGGCAGCUCCUGGAGCCUGCCCAGCAGGGUCUGUACAAGGACGUGACGCUGGAGAACUAUGAGAACCUGGUUUCUUUGGGUCAUCAGUGCGCCAAGCCGGAUGUGAUCCUACAGUUGGAGAAAGGGGACGAGCCGUGGCUGGUGGACAGAGGGAGUCCCCAAAAUGCCCACCCAGAUUGGGAUACUGCAGUUGAAAUUAAAUCAUUAAUUUCCAGUAAGAACAUUUGUAAAGAUAGACAAUCCUAUGACAUUAAAAUGGAAGGAAUGGCAAAGAAUGAUCUCUGGUAUUUGUCAUUAGAAGAAGUCUGGAAAUGUGAAGACCAGUUGGACAAGUAUCAGGAAAACCAGGAGAGACAUUUGAGGCAAGUGGCAUUCACCCAAAAGAAAGCACUUACUCAGCAAAGAGUCGGUGAAAAUGGUAAAUAUGGGGGAACCUGUCUUAUUCCUGCUCAGCUGGUACUGAGAGAGUAUUUCCAUAAACAUGACUCACAUGCUAAGAGUUUAAAACAUGAUUUAGUUUUCAGUGGUCAUCAGAAAAGCUAUGCAAAUAACAGUAAUGCAUGUGGCCAGACCUCCUGUCAGAACAUUCACCUUAUUCAGUUUGCAAGGACGCAAACAGGAGAUAAAUCCUACAAGUGCCCUGAGGAUCAUAACUCUCUGCCUCAUGGCACAUCACUUGGUAUAUCAAAGGGUAUGCGUAGAGAGAAACGCUAUGAAUGUAAGGAAUGUGGGAAAUUCUUCAGCUGGCGCUCUAAUCUAACCAGGCACAGGCUUAUUCAUACCGGAGAAAAACCCUAUGAAUGUAAAGAAUGUGGAAAAUCUUUCAGCCGCAGUUCUCACCUCAUUGGACAUCAAAAGACUCACACUGGGGAGGAACCCUAUGAGUGUAAAGAGUGUGGAAAAUCGUUCAGCUGGUUCUCUCACCUUGUCACCCAUCAGAGGACUCAUACGGGAGACAAACUGUACACAUGUAAUCAGUGUGGUAAAUCUUUUGUUCAUAGCUCUAGGCUUAUUAGGCACCAGAGAACUCACACUGGAGAGAAGCCUUAUGAGUGUCCUGAGUGUGGAAAAUCUUUCAGACAGAGCACACACCUCAUUUUGCACCAGAGAACUCACGUGCAAGUGAGGCCCUAUGAGUGUAACGAAUGUGGGAAGUCUUACAGCCAGAGAUCUCACCUAGUUGUGCAUCACAGAACUCACACUGGACUGAAACCCUUCGAGUGUAAAGACUGUGGAAAAUGCUUUAGUCGAAGCUCUCACCUUUUCUCACAUCAGAGAACCCACACCGGGGAAAAACCAUACGAAUGCCAUGAUUGUGGGAAAGCCUUCAGCCAGAGUUCUGCCCUCAUUGUGCAUCAGAGAAUCCAUACUGGAGAGAAGCCGUACGAAUGCUGUCAGUGUGGGAGAGCCUUCAUCCGGAAGAAUGACCUCAUUAAGCACCAGAGGGUUCAUGCUGGGGAAGAGACCUAUAAAUGUGACCAGUGUGGAGUUACCUUCAGCCAGACUUCUCCAUUUGUAGUUCAUCAGAUAGCGCACACGGGGGAGCAGUUCUUAACUUGUAAUCAGUGUGGGGCAGCACUUGUUAGUAGCCCCAACCUUAUCAGAUACCAGACAGGUAAGAUCAGAGAAAAAACUUACUAAUAUAAUGAAUAUGGAACACUUCAUUGUGACUGCAUUUUGCAUUGGAGAGUUCCUGCAGGGACGCUGUACAGAUGUAACGUAGAUGGAAGGGCUUUUAGUCUCAUUAGUAUCAUUUUUUGCACUAUAGAAUUGGUCCUUGAGGGGGGGAAAAACCCAGAUUUCACUUUAGUAUACAAAUACAUCAUAUUUUUUUCUCUCCACAAACUUCUGCAAAAGUAAUUGGCCUGGGAGCAUUCUUGACCAAACCUUAAGUGUUAAAAUCUGAAAAGGAACCAUUAAGUAGUUGAGUUGUUGAGAGAGGUCCAGCUUAGGUACCUUCUUCAAAAAAAUUAAUGAGAGUUGUUGAUUAAAAUAGAAAGUUGAUAUCGUUAUUGUAACAAAAGAUGGAAAAUAAUAUUCUAGUGAAUUAAUAUACCACUUUUUACUUGAUUGUCUCUCUCUUUUUAGACACUUAAUAGUAUUUAGUGUGUUUUACAUGUUUGAUGUUACAUCUUGUUUAGCUGGGAAAAUGCUUAUAAUGGAAAACAGAAAGCAUAGUGCAUUUACUGCUAGUACUACCCGUUUUAAAAUGUAUUUGCGUGUAGGCAAGAAUUGAAAAAGUAUUUAUGGAUAAAUAAAUAGGUAUUGGGAUUAGGACUUAUCCUUUAUUCAGUGUAACUAAUAAUUUUGGAAGACAUUUUUAAGUAUUAAAAAAAGGGUAUUUUCUCUAUUCCACCAAGGAAGAAGCUUCCAAGGAAGCUUGAGAACCACCUAGUAGCAAGCUUUCCCAUUAAUUCUAAGCUGUUUGGGUCAUAGAGUUGUGCUCCAUCAGACUGGGUGCUAAAGUCGUCUGGGAAUUUUAAAACAGUGAUUCUCUGGACGUUGGGACCUAGAGGAGAUCUGGGUGUUUGAACACACCUGGGAGGGUGUCCAUUUGAGUGAGAGCGGGUACGUGGUAAUACUAAGAGCUCAUAUGCUCAUGCGAUAAACACAGCACUACCCACAGGCACCCUCCUUCCAAGGUGGCUGGUGGCCUGUCUUUGUGAAGAAGACAGUGGUUAUGAGCAUAAGCUUGAGCUAGACUACCCAAGUUGAAAUCCCACCUCUGUCCAAAACUUCCUGGGUGAACUUGGGCAUGCUACCUAACUUCUCUGUGCCAAACUUAGAGAUAUCCUCCUCUGUAAAUUAGGAGUAAUAGUACUUUGUAGGAUUGCGGUGAGAAUUACAUGAGCAAACAUAUAAACCUCUUAGAAGAGUAUCUGCCAUACUCAGUGUUUUAUAAUUAUUAGCUGUGGUUACUGUUAUUACUGUUACUGCCCAACCCCAGUGUCUGUCCUUUAAUUUAAACCUUGAGUGCUAAUUAGAAGUCCUUGAGUUCUCAGUUCCCUCCCAGUCAUACAUGUUUUCCCCUUUUACAUAAAUCAGAACUUACCAGCUUGAGGAUAUCAUUGACCCUUAGUGGGUGUAUGAAUUCAUUUCUGAGGAUCCAGAAACAAAUUUUAGUACAAUUUUUAUAGAGAUUUUCCCUUUGGGGGAGAGGAUCCUAAUCUUCAGAUUCUCUGGUAAAUCCAUGAGACCCUAACAAGAUUUUGGAAGAGAAUCUGUUUUAAUUCUCUGGUUGGUUCUAUAAAUGUUUCUCCUGUGUGCUGAAUGAUAAAUAGUGCCAAGACCAAUGGGACAAAUAUCUUGAUGUUUCUUCCAGAAAAAAAUCUAGAAGUGAUUGUUAGAUUCAUGAGAUCUGAGAACUACAAGGAACAUGAGACCGUCUAACUCGUACUCUUCAUUGUACAGUGGAGACACUGAGUUUGCUCAGGGUUCACACUGUGAGUGACCCAGGACUCGAUCUAUGGUCCCUCGGUCACUGCUGCUCUCGUCUGUGUUUCCAUACCACUCACAUGUGUACAGACUCCCACAGGACUAGUUUUCAUCAUAAGCACUGGUUCCCAUGGGAGAAGAAGAGGAACCCCUGAACUGGGCCUCGUAGAAUUUCUGAUAACCUAUGGUCCAACUUUCCUCAACUGUGUAAUGGAGAUGCUACUAGUACCUACCUCAGAGAGUUGUGUGGAGGAGAAGAUAAUGUGUGUAAUGUGCUCACAACAGUGCCUGGGCCGUAGUGAGUACUGUAUGUGUUAGCUAUUCGUCAUAAUGACACUGCUGUCACCAACAUCAUAAGGAAUGUAGGAAGACAUACGUGUCUAUGGGUGAUCACUGAAACAUCGUUUAUGCCAGUGCAACAUUUGCAAUAUAAAAAUGAUAAUAGGAAAGUGGUUAUUUAUAGUAUAUCCAUGUAAUAUUAUGCAGGCAUUAAAAUUAUGCAAAGUUUCAUAACAGGGAAAAUGUUGAUGCUGGCAUGUAUUAUGAAAAAAGCAUGAUAAAUGUCAA